AGAAGGGAGGAGCUCAGGGGCCUACAGGGCGCUGCGAAAUCUGUGCGAGGCUGGCGGCCGGGGUGGGCUGGCCCGAGAGGGAGCCACGUUCCCUGAGCAGUCCGAGAAGGCCCCCUCGACGGCGGACAGACAGACGGCAGGGAGGGCCAGCAUGCCUCCGCUGCUGCACCCCGCCCUGCCGCUGCUCCUGGGCGCCACACUGACCUUCCGGGGGCUCCGGAGAGCGCUCUGCCGCCUGCCUCUGCCGGCGCACGUGCGCGCCGACCCCCUGCGCACCUGGCGCUGGCACAACCUGCUCGUCUCUUUCGCCCACUCCAUUGUGUCCGGAAUCUGGGCGCUGCUGUGUAUAUGGCAGACCCCGGAGUUGCUGGUGGAGAUUGAGACGGCAUGGUCGCUAUCUGGCUAUCUGCUGGUUUGCUUCUCCGCAGGGUAUUUCAUUCACGACACAGUGGACAUCGUGAUCAGCCGCCAGGCACGAGCUUCUUGGGAAUACCUGGUUCAUCACGUCAUGGCCAUGGGUGCCUUCUUUUCAGGCAUCUUUUGGAGCAGGUUUGUCGGUGGAGGAGUCCUAACCUUGCUGGUGGAGGUCAGCAACAUAUUCCUCACCUUCCGCAUGAUGAUGAAGAUCAACAAUGCCCAAGACCUUCUCCUCUACCGGGUCAACAAAUAUGUCAACUUGGUCAUGUACUUUCUCUUCCGCCUGGCCCCACAGGCCUACCUCACCCAUUUCUUUUUGCGUUAUUUGGGCCAGAGGACUCUGGGCACCUUUCUGCUGAGUAUCCUGCUCAUGCUGGACAUCAUGAUCCUCAUCUACUUUUCCCGCCUUCUCCGCUCAGACUUCUGCCCUCAGCGUGUCCCCAGCCAGCAACACAAAGACAAGUUUUUGACCGAGUGAGAGGCACAGAGCCUACAACUUGUGGUAAGAGCAAAUAGAGCCUCGCACAUGUAUGGAAGAAUUAGCCCUGAGACUGGGGCAUCCUCUGGGGAUGGCCUCUCCACCUUUCAAGUCCCACACCUACUAUUGAAAAUGCUAAUGAAAGCACUCCAAAGUCCUUGUCCUUUCUUGGGCAAGGGGUGAGGGAAGCAGACAGACCGGUUGGACGUGCUGGUUGGGUGCAGGGACAAGGUGCCAUGAAGGCCAGCCAUCCCACACUGCCCUGACUUGGAUGCUGAUGAGAACUGUGCAUUGUGUACUGGUUUCAUACAGAGCCUCUUCCAGGGAGAAAGGGAGGGGCUCUUGGUUUUUUCUCCUGUCACUGUGAACGCGGCAAGCUGUGGUUGUCCCGGCACAACCAACCCUAAUCUAGGCCACAAAUAUUUGAGUUCCCGUCGCCAGAAUUGUAACAAGUGUGGUGAGGUAAAAAGGCAGAAUGUACCAACAGGGUAAGUAGACCGAAAGUCUUGCCCAAGCCUUGUUACUGUGGUGUAAUACGGCCUCCCUGAAGCCCAAUGAGAAACCAACAAAGAAACAUAUGGUGGAAAAAAAGUAUAUUUAGAUUUAGCCAGCUGGACGUGUUUAGAUGAUCCCGAUCUGAAAAACAAAAGGGGAGCUUUGUUACUAGGAUAUGAAAACUGAAGGUUAAGUUGGAAUAUCAUGAUUAAAAAGCAAAAUUAAGGUGAGGGACGGGCCUAUUAAGGAUAGGGGUGCAGUCAUUUAAGAUUAAAUCCGCGAAAGCCAGGUUUUAGUCAGUGACAACAGACACACCACUUGCACUGGGGGGGGGGGGGUUCACAUCAAAGGAAGCUUACUUUGUUGGCAACAUCCAAAGCAUCGUAGUCAGGAGCCAGUCGAACAUAUGCUUUCUUUUCUCCAUCAGGCCUGGGACGAAGGAAGCUUUAAUUCCCGCUGCUCUUACAGCCCCCAAGCCCUCCCUUCUUCCCCUAGUCUUUAUGGCACAUCACUGGUUCCUUCUCGUCAUUCUUUUCCAUUACUUGCACAGGAGACCAGGGAUGCCACCAAGCCACAAAUGAAGCCAACUCCCUUUUACAGGGAACACGAUAGAACAUUUUAAGACCUAACUCCAAGUAAUCGGACAUAAAUUGUAUCUUACUCCAGGGCCUGUCUCUGUCUAUAGAGGUGUAGGGAUCAAGAAAAUGAACACUGGGACGCCUGGGUGGCUCAGCUGGUAAGCGUCCCACUUUGGCUCAGGUCAUGAUUUCGUGGUGUGUUUGAGCUCCACAUCGGGCUCUGUGCCUAGGGCACAGUGCGAGGCUGCAAUCAUUAACAUCCUCACACCCAGGGGUCCAGCAGGCAAAAGCAGCAGGGACUAGCUCCCCACUGCUGGGCAGCCUGGAGAGCCCCUGGGGAGGGGCCACGUCUAGUCUUUGGCAUGGUGCCUGGGGAAGGAAGUGGCUAGCACGGUCCCCACUACCCCUCCAGCGGUACCGCCACGGAAGGGCCAGCUCUUUGGUCUGGAAAAACCAAUCAGUGCAAAUGAGAGCCUAGGGCCUGCUUCAGAUUGUGUCUCCCUCUCUGCCCCUCCUCCACCCACGCCACCUCUCUCUCAAAAAUGAAUAAAUAUAAAAAAAAAAUGAACACUAAACCCACACAUCAAGUCCUAGAGGCAGGAGAGCUAAUGUGUCCUCUAAAGUCUGUAUAGAUACAAAGGACUACAGCAGAAGCCACUCAUUUCUCAAGGCUUGCAAACUGUGAAACCUACUUCCGACUCCAUGCGGAUUUCCUUGCUCACCUGAUCAGAGUGUUGACCUUGGCCACGUCAAUGUCAUAGAGUUUUUUCACAGCCUGUUUGAUCUGGUGCUUGUUGGCCUUGACAUCCACAAUAAACACAAGAGUGUUGUUAUCUUCUA